AUGGAAUGCGCCACUGGAACGGGGUCUCUCGGCUCGAGCGGGAUCGGAACCAGCGCCGGCGGCCUCGAAACACGACUCACAACGCGGACAGCAAGUCAGCAGCGGGUCGGCGAGGGCCGGAGUUCGCGUGAACCGGACGGCCGCGAACUCCGGCCCGGCAUGACCAAAAACAGGGCAGAAACGGAGGUGCGGCUUACCGAAGCCUUGACACGGGAAAGAAAGCACGGCGGCAGGUCGUCGGCUGCGCAGUCUCAAAUCCAAGAUCAAGAACUGCAAGUGCUGUUGAAGCUCAGGCAAUCCUGGCAAGACCCAUCGUCCCUCGACCACUGGGUGGCCUCCAAUUCAUCCUCCCACUGUGCAUGGCCCGAGAUCAAAUGCCAAGAAGGCUUGAUCACUGAGCUCAAUCUUGUCAACCUGAACAUAAAUUAUUCGAUCCCCCCAUUCAUCUGCGACCUCAAGAAUCUGACCAAGCUCAAUCUCUCCUACAACAAUAUUCCUGGAGAGUUUCCCACUGUUCUCUACAACUGUUCCAAGCUCGUGUACCUUGACCUGUCCCAGAAUUACUUCGAAGGUCCUAUUCCAUCUGACAUCGAUCGCAUGGCCGACCUUCAGGUCCUGAUUCUUGCUGCUAACAGCUUCUCGUUCGACGUCCCAGCAUCAGUAGCGAGGUUGCGGAGGCUGAGGAUCCUUCACCUUUACAUGUCCGAGUACAAUGGCACAUACCCUGAAGAGAUUUUUGGCCUCUCCAAUCUUGAAGAACUGAGCCUCGGGUACAAUGACAAGUUCGUGCCAUCGCAGCUGCCACAGAACUUCACUGCCCUGAAGAAGCUGCGGUUCUUCUCAAUGCUGCAGAUGAACCUGUUCGGCAGAAUCCUGGAGACGGUCAGCGAUAUGGAGGCUCUCGAGCACUUGGAUUUGGGGAAGAAUCCACUGACAGGAGAGAUCCCGGGCAGCAUUUUUGCUCUGAGGAACUUGAGCGAGUUGUACGUGUACAAGACUAAUGUGUCCGGGUCGAUCCCUCAGGCAGUCAGCACCGCGAACCUGAGCGUGAUUGAUCUGUCUUUAAAUAAUUUGAUGGGGAAUAUACCUGAAGUUUUUGGACAGCUCAAGAAUCUAUACAGCUUGAAUUUAGAGUUCAAUCAAUUCUCUGGCGGAAUCCCUGAACAUGUCGCGAGUCUUCCUGCUUUGUCUGAUAUCAGACUGUCCAACAACAAUAUAUCGGGCACGAUCCCCCUGGACUUCGGCAAGUUUUCCCCUCUCAGAAGAUUCGAAGUGGCCUUCAACAACUUGACCGGUGCAUUUCCAGAACAACUGUGCCAUGGGGGCACGGUGUUUGGGUUGGCCGCCAUGGACAACAAUCUCAGCGGGGAGUUGCCGGACUCACUUGGAAAUUGCAGUACUUUGCUCUUAGUGAUGUUGAACAACAAUGGGUUCACAGGCAAUGUGCCUGCAGGACUCUGGAUGUCGCGGAACUUGACAGCUUUGCUCUUGAGUGGUAAUGGAUUAACUGGCGAGCUUCCCAAGGAGCUGUCCCCGAAGCUCAAUCGGAUCGAGAUGAGCAACAACAAAUUCUUCGGCAAGAUUCCGAGCACGAUGUCUUCGUGGAGGAACUUGGUGGUGUUCGAUGCUAGUUAUAACCUCCUCAGUGGCACGGUUCCGGCUGAAUUGACCGUGCUUCCUUCUCUGACGACGCUUUUGCUCGGUCAGAACAAGCUCUCCGGGAAUCUUCCCACAGACAUCGUUUCAUGGAAAUCCUUGACCACUCUAGAUCUUAGUCACAAUAAGAUCUCGGGACCGAUUCCCAGCAAAAUUGGUCUUCUGCCUGUGCUCACGCAGUUGGACCUGUCUGACAACCAACUGUCCGGCCUGAUCCCUCCUGAAUUCGGCCAACUGAAUCUGAACCGUCUGAAUUUAUCAUCCAAUCGCCUCAGCGGACCAAUCCCAGCCAUUUUAGAGAACUCCGCAUAUGACGUCAGUUUCCUGAACAACCUGGGCCUCUGUGCAUCCAAUUCGUUCAUGAGGAUCAAUGUCUGCAGCACCCAAUCCCGUAGAUCGAGCAAGACCAAUCUCACCUUGAUCGUGACCUUGGCCAUUGCAGCGGCGAUGUGCGUUUUGUUGGUGGUGCUAUUCAUGAUCAGAGCUUCCAGAAAGAACAGGGACUGGUUCGAUUCAACUCCGAAACUGAUUCCAUUCCAAAGUUUGAAUUUUACGGAAUCGAAUAUUCUGUCGGGAUUGAAGGAGCCUAAUGUGAUUGGAAGUGGCGGAUCAGGAAAAGUAUAUCGCAUUGUCGUGAAUCCUUCUGGUGACACGGUUGCCGUGAAAAGGAUUUUGAAUAACCGAAAAUUAGAUGAGAAGCUGGAGAAGCAAUUCGUAGCAGAAGUGGAGAUACUUGGGAACAUUAAGCAUCUGCACAUUGUCAAAUUGUUGUGCUCUAUUUCUUGCGAGUGA